CUUUCAUAGUCAUAUCCACAUAGCUAUUUAGACAUACUAUACCAUUGCGAUAGAAAGUCAUGUUCACUGGUAAAUAGGAAUUUAGCUUGUGAGGUCAACAAUGGCCUUGGCGACGGGCGCGGCUCCUAUGGACGUCAACCUUCCGUCCUUUCCUAAGAACAUUAUGCUGGAAAUAGUAUCAAAGUCCGUGGAGGGAACGUGCCUGCAUGACAGGCUCCCGCUUGCCAUGUGUCCAUGGACCGAGGACUCCCUGGCGGCUGCUCUUCAAAACGGUUCAGCUGAUACCUUCUUCCUUUAUGAAGAGGGUGGCGCGAGCCAACAGAGUGCGCGGAUCGUUGCUAGCAUCGCUCUGGUACUUAAGGACCAUGUCCUGCGGCGCUUUUGUUGCCGCGCGGAUGUCGUGGCGGCAUUGGAGGAAUUCAAGUGCACCAUGCUAGUAUGCGGCAGCUUUGCCGUUAACGAGGACGGCAGCAUGGUGACUUGGACACUUUCCCACAGCAAGGCGUGCCGUGUGGCAGGAACAGAGCAGUCCGGAUAUGACGGGCUCACCCGGGUACAGGCGGACAACCUGGCGGCAAGGGCAGCGCCUUCCACCCUCACCAAUGCAACGGGGGUCACAGCAGGAACGGAGGCGACCCGCUCAAAAAGUGCCACGAUGACAUUUGGCAAAUUGGAGACGGCCGUGUCUGGGCUACUGGACCCAGCUGUGACCCAAUCGCAGCGCAUCCAGUAUUGCAAAGCAAUUGACGCUGAGUGCAGGAACGGCCAGAACUCGUUGGUGAGAGAAGUCGCACACGGGGUCUGGCCACGGGAUGCUGGCAGUGGGCACCUUGUCACCCUCAGCGACAUGUCGAAUGCGCACGGGAUUGCGUACACGGACCUGCUCGCGGGGGGUGCUGGAGGUGCUGGUGAGGGAGUGGCCGCGCCCUUGGAUCAAGGUGCGGCCCAGCCUGGUGCGGCGGCCACCACAGCGCACAGCGACGAAGAGGAGGAGCCGGAUCUGGCGCUGAUUAACUUGGAUGUCUUUGGUGUCGAGCCGCCAGUGCAGCAGCGUGCGCCACGGGGUCGGCAGCGGGCGUCUGGUCUGGAUGACGACCUCGGAGCCCGUGGUGGCAGGAAGAAGCAGCGGACCGGGGCUGCUAAGGUGGCGAAGAGCGGUC